UAUUAAAAUCACUAUGCCUAUCAAAGAACUCUCCGUUCGCAUCCGGAGAGAAGUCAGAGAUGGAAAAUUUCAAGUUGCUACAACUAUAAUCUUCUGUCUAUCAAUUGCAUUUCUUGUCUUAGUCUUAGGAAUGAUCAUCAAUGAUCACUUCAAAAAGUUUGUGCUAUAUGAGGAUCUACACUUCUCUUCCCUCAAUGCAUUUCCUCCACUAUUUUCUUCAUCUUUAUCUCCAUGCAUGCAACAAUGCAAUAGUUCAAACACAGCGUACGGAUUGAAAGAGUGGAUUUCUCCAAAAGAUCGUUGGCAUUCAAUGACUGAUGAAGAAUUGAUGUGGAGGGCCUCAAUGGUUCCUGGUAUAGUUCAAUAUCCUUUCAAUCGAACACCAAAAGUUGCAUUCAUGUUCUUAACUAGAGGAAGAUUACCUUUGGCACCACUUUGGGAUAUGUUCUUUAGAGGACAUGAAGGGCUCUUCUCAAUCUACCUCCAUACCUUGCCGGAGUUCACAUACGAGCCCUCCAAGUCAUCGGUGUUCUACAAACGUAGAAUACCUAGCAAGUUGGUUCAGUGGGGAAGAUCAACCAUGAUCGAUGCAGAAAGACGUCUUCUAGCAAAUGCCCUUCUAGACUUCUCAAACGAAAGAUUCGUUCUUUUAUCAGAAACAUGCAUCCCUUUAUUCAACUUCUCCAUCAUAUACAACUACCUCAUAAACUCCAACCAAAGUUUUCUUAGUACCUUUGAUGAUCCCCGGCCCAUCGGGCGAGGCCGAUACAACAAGCGGAUGUGGCCCACAAUUACGUUAUCUGAUUGGCGCAAGGGAUCCCAAUGGUUUGAAGCCAAUAGGGAACUUGCCCUAGCUAUAGUGUCAGACAUCAAAUACUACCCCCUAUUUAGAAACCAUUGCAUGCCACCUUGUUACAUGGAUGAACAUUACCUGCCAACAGUAGUAACUAAAUUUUGGCCAAAUUUGACAUCAAAUAGGACAAUUACUUGGACUGAUUGGUCUAGAGGGGGCUCACACCCUGCGAUGUUUAUGAGAAAUGAUGUCACGGGGGGGUUUCUUGACCGCAUGCGAAAUGGAUUCAACUGCACCUAUAAUGGUGAGAGGAGCACAAUUUGCUUCCUCUUUGCAAGAAAGUUUCAUCCUAAUACUUUACAACCUUUGCUUAGGGUUGCACCAAAACUACUAGGCUUUGAUCCUUAAAUUCUUGAUUCUUGGAAUGUUAUUACUCCAUUUAGUUCUUGUAGAAGAAAAUAAGAGGGGGAAAGUUAUCUUAAGAUGAUUGUAGUUUGAUUUACGGUGUGAUCAAAUACUAGAAACCCGUAAUCCAAAUAUGUGACUUGAGCCUAUUGUUGGAUUACUUGACCCAAUAGAGAUUUCAGCAGUUAAGUCAUCUGGGUCCAAGGCAUCUGUAAAGAGUCUGAAUAUAAGUUCAAUCUAUCCGAUGGGAACCUGAAGGAAGUUCCAAUGCAGUAUUUCCUAAUAAAAACGGAUAA